CUGUAAAAGUCCGUCUCGCAGGAAACAAAAUCCUAAAAAGCAACAUGAAAGAAAAGGAGAGAUUUUAAUACCAGUGAAUCCGGUCUGGACGUGACAGGUGGUUUACGCAGAGGUAAACAAAAAAAUGUCUUAAAAAAUAAAUCCCUUAUAUUCACCAACUCUUCGCGGUGUUAAGCCUGUCGAAGUGUUCGCUCCGGAACAAAUUCUUCUCUCCUUAAAGAAUCGCCGUGAAUAUUUCAUCAUAUGUGUUGUUCUUCAGUCCACUUCUGCCUCCGGCCGCAAAGACGGAUAGAGGCCGCAUUGUUUACCAGGGAGGGGGGCAGCAUGAGGAGUAAGCACCUCCAGGGCUACAGUGUACUUUGAAAUAAAGCAAUGAAGCUCCAACGUGUGGAGCUUAUGAGACUUAAUGUGGGAAAGAGGAGAUUUUUAUGACUCUGGGGGUGGUAACUAGUCUACUUGUUGUAUUUGUAUGAGAUUUUUUUUUCUGUUGAAAAAGAAAUGGAUUAAUUGUGUACUGAUAUAAUAAUAAUGACUUUAACAUGUCUCCAUGAGGCGUACACUGUGUCCCGGAGUCUGCCGUGGUGCAUUUAAGGACCGUAUCCUCGUAUAGCCCAUACGUCUACGUCUAUAGAACCAGGCUGUUAUUGUUCAUGCUCGCAGUACUGACAUCAAAUCAUCGCUCUCAGACGAGGACCUCCUGACUUUGACACUGACGCGGGGUAAAUGCUGCUGAGAUAUUCCAAACAGUUUUUCUGUGUAAAUAUAGACCACAACAAUUUCACUCAACCCCUCCACCCAACAAACACACACAAAAAAUAUUUCCUCGUGGACUAUUUGGCUUUGCAGUGUUGGAAGCGAAAGGGUGGAGCGCAACAACAUAUUUUGCAUAUCACGUGACGGCGUAUUAACAAAUCAACAAUUACCUUCCCUUUAUUCUUCAGGAGUUGCUAAAAGGCUUUGCAAGAAGCGUUUGAGGGAAGCUCCAUGGAAAUGUGCGAGCGGAAUCCCUUAAAUCCUGGCUACGUUGGUUCGCUCUUGAAUUUUGCGCCACCUGAGUCGCUGUAUUUCUCCAACUUGCGGGGCAAUGGAGCCCCCAUACCCGGGCUGCAUCAGAUCCCUUACAAUAGGAGAGAGGUAUGCACGCUCCCGUGGACUUCCUCAAGUUCGUGCACGUCCAGACCAACACCACCGCCACCACCAGCUCCAGCACCUCCACCACCGACAGCAGCGGCGGCGGCAGCUGCCGCGGCUGCAGCAGCGGCACAAAGCCGCGCCUUUGGGGGCUACUGUCCGCCGUUUCUGUCCAACGCCGUGUCCGGGAACAGCGGCCCCUCCGGCGGCCACGUUAGGGCGCAUUUGGAGGAAUCCUUGCGGUGCUUUCAGGACACAGAACCCAAGGCGGAAGCGCCUGGCAGACAGGAUGAUGUUUACGCCGGAGAGCACAUGAGUGACGUCGGAUACGCGGACCUGCACGGUCGUUCUCACGGUUCUGCGGCCCAGACAGAUCCAGAAUCAGCAGGGCCGCUCAGUGUGAGCAGCACCAAGCAGGAGCACAAUCCCCUCGCACCAGCGAGCAACACAUGCUCCAGAACCAGUUAUGCUGAAGGCGCCCCGUGGUGCUCGUCGCAAGUGAGAAUCAGAAAGAAGAGGAAGCCUUACUCCAAGCCUCAGCUGGCUGAACUUGAGAAUGAAUUUAUGAUGAACGAGUUCAUCAACAGACAGAAACGAAAGGAGCUCUCAGACAGACUGGACCUCAGCGACCAGCAGGUGAAAAUAUGGUUUCAGAACCGCAGGAUGAAGAAGAAGCGCCUCAUGAUGCGCGACCAGGCCUUCUCUGCGUACUGAUGACCUUUGGACUUGAUCGUGACCAGCAACAGCAACAGCACAGAUUAUGUCAUGUUGUAGCAUGGAUGAAGCAGCAGCAGCAGCAGCAGCAGCAGCAGCAGCACAACAAGCCAGGCGCCAUGUCAGUUUGGGGGCGCUGACUUGUAUUUUCACAUACUGGUAAAAUGGCUGUUUAGUAGCCACGUCAUAGUCCAUGCUUUACCAGACCACAGUGAAGUAGAUACAAGAUAGUGUUUCCUUCAAAUGCACACAUUUCAAAGAACAACGCAGUUUGGUCAUUUUCUGGACUGAAAGUGUACAAUUGCGCACGGAGGCCCUGGUGUUCCGGAGGCGCAGUAACGUUUAAAACAAACCUCAAACAGGAAUUUGUUUCUCUCUCUUCCAGCACAAAUAUCAGGUCGAUUUUAACAGCAUCAAUGUUGUGUCUGUUUUUCUGUAUUUUGUAUGAUGGUCCUGCGCAUGUCGUGGAGGCCUUUUAUGUGAAAGCAAACAGUCAAGUUCAUGUUUACGGAUGGAUUAAAGGUAAAUUUAGAAAUAUAUUAAAGGUAUAUAUUACAGCUGCAUGUCUUAUCUCCUGUCGUAUUAUUGUAAGUCUGAAUUAAAGAAUUAAUUAAAAUAAAAAAAAUAUUUGAUCUGUAUGUGGCCGCUUCCACAUCCAAGGUCGGUGUGUGGAGUGAAAAUGCGGCGGAAAUAGUGGUAGAAUGUGUUUACUGCAAGUGUGUGUCCACCGUCGUGAGUCUGUGGAUGUGAAACGUCUGUUGUGUUACGUAAAUCAACAUUGUACCUGUGCUGAAUUAAGCGUAUAUUUUGACUGAUGUCACCUUUUCUUCUGUUUUGUGUAACUCCAAACCUGAAUGUAUCCGGUCAUAUGGGUUGAUGACACAGAAAUGCAUUGAAAUGAUUAUGGCUUAAAAAAAUCCCUCCCUCAUAAUUAUACUUGAUAAAUAGUUAAUUAAAAAAGAUUUAACAUUUGGAUUUCAUUUAAAAAAAUUAAAUAAAGCAUGUUACUGGUGAACAGAUAUGUGAACGCGCCCUUUGGGCCGUUCUUUUUACGCACGAACUAUAGAGAUAUUGUAAAGCA